GAUAUCACGAUAUAUCGGAAAAGACGAAAGCAACGGAAACAGCUGCAGUUUUUCUUUGCCAAUUUUAUUUUUUAGAUAAAAUCUCGAAAUGGCUCUGGCAAAUGUUUUGCUGCUCAGCCAAAUAGCAGGACAUGUCAUUCUGUUCAUCCUGUCGCUGUGCAUCAUCGUGCCGCUGUUCAUCAACCUCGACCAAUUCUGUGGCCACUGUCUUUUGUUUACGACUGGAAAAUGGCGAGAGGAGGAUGGCAUGUUCGAUGUCGAGUGGGCCUCCAGUGGUUUCUGCAAUUUCCCACUUAUCACAGGCUUUUUCCUGCUUAUCAUUUCCGUGGUCCAGAUAUACAGAUACGCUCGCAUGAAGGAGGAGGCGUCAUUUAUAGCACUGUUCAUUGAUGUGGUUUUGGGCAUUUGGAUGCUGGCCAUGUCAAUAUUGUCGGCAAUUUUUAUUACCCUUGGAUUUAUUGUGUGGUGUGAUGGCAUGACCCAGCGCUUUCCCUCCUGCGAGAUUUCUGCUGGCCAAAAUAUCAUUCGGGGCGAUACGGAAAAGAUCAAUACUUCCGGUUUCUACAUUGAAAUGGGUACGACCCAGUUUGGCGCCUGGGGAUCGUUUGCCAUUUCGGUGGGAAUUGGCGUUAUCGCUCUACUGAAACUCAUCGACAACCACCAGGUGCGAAAUAUCAAGGUGUCCAUGUAUUUGGAGCGCCAGCGCUUGGUGAAUCAGCAGCAGCAUGACGGCCGGUCUACUCCCCCGAUCGUUUCCCAUGCCUCUUCAGACUCCGAACAAAACAAAUAGUUGUGUGCGUCUGAAAGCAGCCAGGAGUUUGUAAUUCUCUACGUAUUUCUCAUAAUGUGCAUUAUAAUCAUCGUAUGCCACUCAGUCCUCAUUCUAGUUAUCGAGGCGGAAACCCAGAAUCAGCGUACCGUAUUUAUGUAGUAAACAGUAGUUGUGUGUAAUGUAAAUCGAAAUUAUGUUAAUAACGUAUAAGCCCAUUAAGUGAUAUGUAUUUCUAUGUAUAUAUAUUUAAUCGAAUAUUCCAUUUUACAUAUCUAGUUGAAUAAAAUUAUAAAUAACAAAAGACA